CGCGCCGAGUCAGUCUCGUCCGCCAGCGGCCAGACCUCGACCUCGUCGCGCACCGUCCUCUCCACCGAUCCCUCGGCCAGCCUCGUCGCCGCCCGGCCCUUUGUGCAGCGCAAUGGCCGCACCUUUCUCAACGACGAGACCCUGCCGUACCCUCUGCCCUCGGACCUCACCGAGCUGCACAGACAGGCGCUGCGGACGAUGCUGCUGAUCCAGGUCAUUGGCGCGCCCGUCCUGUCGCCGGGCCUGAUCAAGAAGCCGCCGCAGCGCGUGCUGGAGAUUGGCUGCGGGUCUGGCUUCUGGAGCACCAUGUGCCACCAGUACUUCAAGAGCCGCGGCCAUGGCGGGCUGUCCUUUACGGGCAUCGACAUUGCGCCGCUGGGGCCCGACAACAGCUCCAGCGCCUCCGAGGACGCUAUGAAGCCCAGCGGCGACAUGCAGUGGAAGUUUAUCCAGCACGACCUCCGCCAGAUCCCUUGGCCGAUCCCCUCGGAAGAGUACGACCUCGUCAUGGUCAAGGACGUGAGCUACGCGGUGACGAACAAGAUGAUGCCGACCUUUAUCGAGGAGUGCGUCCGCAUGGUCAGGCCAGGCGGGACUUUUGAGAUGUGGGACUCUGAUCAUCUCAUCCGAAGUUUGCGACCUCACGUCCCCACGUCCACAGUCUCAGCUGAAGAUGCCGAGCAGCAGGCAGCCGCCGCCAGCCUCGGCGCCUAUGUCAUCAACCCGCAAACCCCCCUUACAGCCCCGUCAAACGACUACAUUAAUGAAUACAACUCUUGGUUAUCAAAAGCACUUGAAUCUCUCGACAUCCACCCCCUCCCGUGUACAAUCAUUGGCCCCACCCUCAUACAGGAGUAUGAGACGCUGGGCGACGUCCGCUCACGCCGAAUAGCCCUCCCCCUGAGCGAAUUCCGCUGGGAGAAGGAGGGUAUUGGCGGUGUCAUCACCACCGACUCAAAGACCGAGUCCAAGGGCAAGGAACCGCCGUCAACGCCGAGAGCGGACAAGAAGACGUUGACGGCGGGGCAGAUUGCCCUGCGGCAGACGGCCCUGCUGACCCAGGUGCAGGAGAUUCAGGCUCUCGAGCCCAUCCUGCGAGAGGUCAGUGGCAAGAGCCAGGACGAGUGGGACAUGUGGCUGGGGAAGAUGAUGAGCGACCUGAUGGACGACAACAGGACGUCGUUGAGCGAGUGUCUCGAGUUUGGGGCCUGGUAUGCGAAGAAGAAG